GAAGCGCAUGCCGGUCGUGCAGUAGUAACUUUAAUGGCCAGUCAUUGAUGUGUGUGUUGUUGACAUUAGAGGAUCAUGCAGUGUGUGCGGAUGUUGUGCGCGUCUCACAGAUGUGUCCUGAACAUCUGCAACACCGUGGCGUCGUGUACAGCGCCUGGAAAAACGCUAAAAGACGCUGUUUAUUUUAAGAGGGCGAAAUCGCUCCUUAACCUGAACUUGAGACGCAGUUUGUGUUCGUGUUCAUCAGUAAGAAAGUGCUGGAGCUGCGGCUCAUCUGCUCAACUGUUCUUCUGCUCCUCAUGUAACACCAUACAGCCUCCUCAUGAAAAAGCUACUUAUUUUGAGAUUUUAAACUGUGACCAGACGUUUGCUUUGGACACUCAGAAGCUUCAGGGAAAAUACAUAGAGCUGCAGAGAUCUCUGCAUCCUGACAACUUCAGCCAGAAAUCCCAGACAGAACAGAGAUAUUCUGAAGAGCAAUCAGCUUUGAUAAACAAAGCCUACAGGACUCUACAGAAACCUCUUACACGGAGCGUCUACAUGUUGCAGUUGCGAGGAGUCGAGCUGGAUGAAGGCACAGAUUCUGCAGCAGAUCCAGCUUUGCUGUUAAAGGUCAUGGAGGUCAACGAGAAGCUGGCAGAGACUCAGAGCCUCGACGAGGUCAACGCUGUAGGCCAGGAAGUGCAAGUGACCCUGAAAAAUCUGACUGAACAGAUGAAUUCGUCGCUAAACAAAGGGGACCUGCAGUCAGCCAGAGAGAUCCUGGCCCAAAUGAAAUACUUUGCAAAUCUGGAAGAGAAAGUAAAGGAGAAACUGAGGGAGAACUUGUGAGGUGUUGGAGAAGGACGGAUUGUCGCUUCCUCUGCUUCCGUGUUGCAGUUUAAUCUAUAAUAAUGAACAUGUAAAAGAUGAAUAACUUGUAAAUUAAAGUCUAUUUUUAAUCA